AAGAAAUUUCUGAAAAAAUAAUUGGCGGGAAUGUGAUUUUGCGCAAAGAGGAUUUUGAGGAAUUCUUUGUCUCUAUCUAUCACGACAAUGGCGACCACCACUACCGCGCUGACCACUAAGGUCGAGAAUGGCUCUCCUUAUCAGCUUAGCAAAGAGCAGACAUUGAAAGCCUCCACCGCUCUCCUAAAGCACAUCAAGACUACUCAGAAGACCGAUUCAGGCGCAAAGCCAAGUCUCCUAGAAGAUGCUGAUGAAGAAGAAGUGGACGAGAGCACAGCGGUCUGGCUCCAGCUCACAACCAAGAAACAUAUUACGGAUACCAAACGUCUCAAGCCGGGCAAGAUCGCGGUCCCCCACCCCCUCAAUACCUCCUCUACAUCCACCAUCUGUCUCAUAACCGCCGACCCGCAAAGGACGUACAAGGACAUUGUCGCAUCCCCCGCCUUUCCUCCCGCUCUUGCCUCAAGAAUCACUCGUGUCGUCGGGGUUUCAAAGCUCAAGGCCAAGUGGACGCAAUACGAAGCCCAAAGAAAGCUAUAUGCUGAACAUGACAUUUUCCUUGCGGACGACAGGGUUAUCACGCAACUUCCCAGAAUCUUGGGCAAAACGUUCUACCACAAGGCAACAAAGCGGCCCAUCCCAGUCAACCUCCAACCGCCCGCACCAAGAACGGAUGGGAAGCGGAUUGCACGCGCAAAAGGCUCAGGGCCCCAAGCUGCGGCGCCGAAGCAGAUCGCAGCCGAAGUCGAGAAAGCGAUUCAGGCAACCCUCGUCCAUUUGACGCCUUCAACCAACACCGCCGUAAAAGUAGGAUACGCAUCAUGGAACGCGGAGAAGGUCGCGGAGAAUGUGGAAGUUGUGGCCAAUGCGCUGAUUGAGAGAUAUGUGCCAAAGAAAUGGAGAGGAGUGAAGAGUAUGCAUAUCAAGGGUCCUGAGACUGCGGCAUUGCCGAUCUGGCUCGCUGAUGAGCUCUGGGUUGACGAGGAGGAUGUGUUGGAUGAGCAGGCCGAAGGAGAAGUUGAAAAAGCAAAAGGAGGAGGCCACGAAGGAUGUGGAGGAUGAGGUGCCGAAGGCUACAAAGGCAGCGAAGGCUACAAAAAAGUCGAAGAAAUCCAAGGUCUAGAGCUUGCAGCUCUGAUUUGCGGUGCUAGAUCGUUGCUGGGCGUCUAUGGAGUAUGGGGUUGGGGUAAAAUUCAUCUGGAUCGUACAGUUCCGUACCGGCUAUGUGUGGAAGAGUGGCACAUACAUACGUUGCGCUUCGAAUUGACAUUUGGCUCCUUGCUCUACCACGCAUCACCCUUCAAACCAUCAGUGAGAAUGAU